CUACUCUCGUAUUCGAUAUUCAAACGCAGAAAAGAGGCAGCCCUAAGCCUCAAUCUCCUUGUUCUUCUUCAAGCUGUCCAGCCACUGGCGCUGUCGCGUCUGCUCCGCCGCCGUCCGCCGCCGUCCGCACUGCUCCAGCGUCGCAUCAACGCGUCUGUUCCGCCUCUUCUUGCUGCGCUUGCGCACUUCAGCCUCUGUUCCAUCGCGCUUCCAUCAAUGUUCAUCCUCUGUUCCGCCGCGCUCCAGCCCUCGUCUUCCACUUCGAGUUCCUCAUCUGUGCUCCCUCUCCCUCGCGUGUUUGAGUUCCAACCCUCGUUUGUGCUCCCUCAGCUGUGAAAGGUUUGACUACGGUCAGACCAUUGACCCAGUUAGAUGACUGGUUCAUUGACCGGUUCCGUUCUCACAACCUUGGGAUAAACACUCGACUCGGCACUCCUCAUUUGCUCCUUCACCGGUGAGUGACCAGAGAUGAAUAAUAAGUUGUAGCAAGUAAAGCACAAAAAUGCAAAUGGCCACACCAAAGCCCAUAUCACCCUUCAGACUCUCUUCACUCCUCCGUUCCGAAAAAGACCCCUCCAAAGCCCUCAAACUCUUCCUCCACCCAAACCCAACCCAACCCAAACCCUUCCGCCACUCUCUCCUCUCCUACGACCUCCUCAUCACCAAGCUAGGCCGUGCCAAGAUGUUCCUGGAGAUGGAACAAAUCCUCCACCGCCUCUGCCACCACACCACCUUCUGCGUCCCUGAACCCCUCCUCUGCCAAGUCAUCACCCUCUAUGGCCGCAACUGCCUCCCCUCCUCCGCCAUCCACACCUUCCUCUCCCUCGGUUCCUUCCGCUGCACGCCAACCGUCAAGUCCUUCAACUCCCUCCUCAAUGCCCUCCUCACCUCCCGCGAUUUCCAGAAUUUCUCAGAAUUCGCGUCACGAGUAAUGGAAUUCACGCAGCCAGAUACUUGCACGUUCAACAUUCUGAUCAAUGCGUGGUGCUUGAGAGGCAACAUUGAUUGUGCAUGGAAGGUGUUUGAUGAAAUGCGUGACCUUGGUGUUCCUCCCAGCGAGGUUACUUUUGGGACUUUGAUUAAUGGUCUUUGCAAAAGCAUGCGGCUGCAAGAGGCGCUGAAGUUGAAGGAGAUUAUGAUAAAGGAUCAUAAGUUGAAGCCUAAUGUUAACUUGUACACCACGCUGAUCAAAGGUGGUUGUGUGGCUGGGGAGAUGGAUCGAGUCUUUAGGAUCAAGGAUGAGAUGGUGAGAAACAAUGUGAAGUUGGAUGCUGCUGUUUAUAACACUCUGAUGGACGCACUUUUCAAGGCCGGGAGGAAGGAUGAGGGGUGGCAGGUUUUGGAUGAGAUGAACAAGAAUGGCUGCAAACCUGACUUGGUGACUUACAAUGUGAUGAUUGCAGAGUUUUGUAGUGAGAAUAAUUUCGAAGAAGUGUUUAGGAUUUUGGAUGGGAUGGAAGGUGGUGGUGUGAAGCCUGAUGUUGUGAUCUACAAUGUGAUUAUUGGUUGGCUGUGUAAGACAGGGAAAUGUAAUGAAGCGAAUGAUUUGUUUCAAGAUAUGCCAAGGCGAGGAUGCACUCCAGAUGUUGUGACGUAUCGCACCCUUUUUGAUGGUCUAUGUGGAUGGAUGCAUUUGAGUGAAGCUGCAUUGAUUUUGGAUGAGAUGUUGUUCAAAGGCUAUGCUCCUCUUUCUAGGAGUUUGAACAGAUUUAUAGAUGGGAUGUGCAGCGAAGGGAAUUUUGAGUUGCUGUUGACAGUUUUGAGUAGUCUGGGUAGAAAGGAAGAUAUUUUGAAUGAGGACAUAUGGAAAAUUGUGGUUUCCAUGGUUUUCAAACCAAAGGAGCUGCAAGAAAACUUUGACUUUGAGCUUUUGGAUACAUUGGUCGUGCCAUAUCAAACAUGAAUGUAAACAAAUUGCUAAUUGAAGAUCAUUCAUAUCUAUGCUGCGGAACUAUAUUCAGGAGCAAAUAAUUGUCGUUUACCCCACUUUGCAGUUAUUUUACAAUUUGCACCCUCUGCAUGAAACAACAUGGAAUUGCCUUAUGCUACAAUUGGUAGUGUUAUAGCUUGGCCACUAAUCCUUUAAGGAAGAUCAUUGUCAAGGUUAUUUUGCACCAAGUUAUCAGAACCUGGGAAACAAUAAUGCCUUUGGUUGAUUUGCCAUUGGUAUUGCUAGGAAAGCAAAUUUGGAGAAGUCAGACUUGGAAUCAGCUUUGAAAGCUCUGAAGGAUAGGCUGAUGAGCUGAUGCUGUGGUUCAAAAAUCAAUACAGGCAACAAUGGAAGAAGCCCUUGUGUGUAUUUUGACCCUUAGGUGCUCUAUUGACAUAUUGAGGGAUGUGCAUGCUGCCAAGGAGCAAAGGAAACUAUAUGUUGCUGAAUUUGUUGGAGUUAAUGGUGUUGGAGAAUCUACUAAUCUUGAUCAGAUACAUGUGAACACUACUUAGAUAAAAAAGAAUGAUUUGGCGACCUAUUUCCUACAUUUGAUUCAAUGUAGCAACACAUAUUCAAGGGAAGAAAGCAUUACCUUUGAUCGCGUCUGAAGCCGAACUCUCCGCAUUCGCCUACGCCUGCGUGUGGACUUUUACGCUUCUUGCCUUAUCACGUUUGCCUUCAGAAUAUAACGAAGCAACGAACUGUAACAAAUUUAAUUGCAAAGUGUUUAGAAUUAUUCACUCUCAUUGUUUACUCUCUGUUAGGGCAUGUUUUUAUUCAAGAGUAACUUAUGAGAAUGAAGAGACAUACCUUGUAAAACUUUUUCUUUUUUUAUUUUUUAAUUUAACAAAUUUAAUAAUGUAACUUAUUUUCCAUUAUGUCAUCAAAACGGCUACAUCAUACAAUAAUGUGUCACCUAGUCUCCAUUACCGCUGGAAAAAUUAUUCAGGCGACCGGAAUGGUAGAAAUGACAACAGAGUUUGAUAUUGGUGUAUACAGAUGACUUAUUAAAAAAUUGAAAUGUACAUCUAUUCAUCAUGUAAAAAUCCGUGUCUAUUUUUGUCCAUU